AUGGCCGACACCGCCACCUCUGGACAGCCCGAGAAGGUCUGGCUUGCCUCGAACGACAACGCCCUCAUCGAAGUCGACCGAGACGUCAUCGAGCGCUCCGUACUCAUCAAGAACCUGCUCGGCGACACGGACGCCAAGUCAACCAAGGAGGCACCCAUCCCCAUCCCCAACGUCAACGAGGCUGUCCUUCGCAAGGUCCUGGAGUGGUGCGAGUGGCACCGCAACGACCCCCCUCAGGCGCAGGACGAAGAGUCAGAUGCGCGCAAGAAGAGCACCGACAUCGACGACUGGGAUCAAAAGUUCAUGCAGGUCGAUCAAGAAAUGCUUUUCGAGAUCAUCCUCGCUUCCAACUACCUGGAUAUCAAGCCCCUCCUCGAUGUUGGUUGCAAGACCGUCGCCAACAUGAUCAAGGGCAAGUCCCCUGAGGAGAUUCGCAAGACUUUCAAUAUCACAAACGACUUCACCCCAGAGGAGGAGGAACAGAUCCGGCGCGAGAACGAGUGGGCCGAGGACCGGUAA